CUUCCGACUCGCCCUCCCCUUUCUUCAUCUUCAACAACCCCGACUUUUCCUCUCCACUAUCCUUUUCCCAUCCGUCUGAAUACCGACUGCCUUCGCUCUUUGAUACGAUGGAGCCGCGAACGGCGGAAAGUCCGAUGGACUUCGAGUGGCAGAGCAAGCCCCCCAGAGAUGUGACGUCGCCCUUUUACCAGCUUAGCAUGCAGCAUGACAACCAGAGGAAACGCCCUCACAGCAUUUUCGAUUCUCCAGGAAAGAAGUCGCUGCCAGCCCUUCGAGAACCGAACUCACAGCCCUACCUGUUUUCUCAACCACGAACCCAGCAGCCGUCUAGCACCCCCAAACCUACCUUCAACCACUCAGCUUUCAUGACCCCUCGCAAAUUCGAUGUCGAUUUCUCAUCUGGCGCCGAAAACAUGUCCUCCCCCGAGCAUGCCGAUAAUGAAGACACCCCCGAACAACCCACGAAAUCCGGACACCGAAACUCACUGUACAGCAUGUACGGGCGGUUUGCACCUAGCCCCGGGCGCGGAGAGAUUCCUCGGGUGAGCCAUUACUCGAACGCAUUGGCGCGACGUGUUCAGAAGAGACGCCGCAGAGAUAAGGCGCUGGAUCUACAGUUGAAGAGGGACAGUGAUGACGAGAGUGACAAUCCGGACGCGAGCGAGCUGAAGACUACAAAGACGCGACAAGAUCAAUCACAGCCUGGACAAACAUCUGGAUCUCGUUUGGCGUCGUUUUCUGAUUUCUUUGCUCUGCUGGAAGCACACCCGAACAUCCCUAGCAUUCUUUCGUGGUGGGCACAGUUGGUGGUGAACCUUUCACUAUUCUCGCUUGCAGUCUACGUGGUUUUCGGUUUUGUUUCGGCUAUUCGUGCUGAAUUCGACCAGGCGGCCGAGGAAGUGUCGGAUACGAUUUUGGCGGAGAUGGCGGCGUGUGCGAAGAGCUAUGUUGACAACCGAUGCGCCGGCGGAGAUCGUCUUCCAGCGCUUGAGACGGUGUGUGAGAACUGGGAGCGGUGUAUGAACCGGGAUCCGGCCAAGGUUGGCCGCGCCAAAGUGUCGGCGCAUACCAUGGCAGUUAUCAUCAACAGCUUCAUUGACCCGAUCAGUUGGAAAGCGAUUAUGUUUUUCCUGGCCACCAUAUCGACUGUCACCGUUGUCAGCAACUGGUCCUUUAGAUCCUUCCGCAACCGCUACAGCCAACAUGAUUACUCUCACCCCGCCCCAGCUUUCAAUCGACAAGCAUCCGGUCAGCACCACCCGCCGAUCGCUCAGUCGCAAUACCCCUACCAGCAUAAUUCAGGCUACGGAUACAUGGGGUCUCAGGGCCAGGAUUCUGCACUCGGUUUUGAAAAACAGGAUGCGCCCCUGCUGCUUGAGCAAACGCAAGGAAGGGAAUUUGCAACCGAACGGGGCCGUGACCGUGGUUCUCGCUUACGCACUCCAAGCCCAUCCAAACGACUGCUUUAAUCUCUUUGUUGCAUUGCCACCGUCGACUUCACGAGUGUGUUCGUGUAUAGCCAUCCUUGGAAUUUUGUUUGAUUGCAUCUGCCCCGGAGAUGAUGGAGUUUUAGUUGUUUCUAUGACUAGGAGAACGAUACGGUAAGGUGUUCAGAGCAUGCGCCCUGGUCGGGCCUGGAGUUUGGAUAAGAGCAUACUGUACAUAUAUGAUUCGUGUUCUGAU